UACGAUCUACAGAAACAUGAUAGGUAACCACAUGYUUGCWUUAUGUGUGUUAAACCACGGAUAAAUCUAAACCUGACACAAGACACCACUGACGUACCCAAACAAACUUAAUUGGGUCUUGUUGAACCUGCUAAUUCCGAGUUACCAUGAACGUAGCAUUCAAGAAAGGACAGCAGCAAAUAUUUUAGCAGAAAAACUGACAGCUUCCCUCACGUUGGCGUGAUUUUAAGAGUUGUUAGGUGGUGUCGGUCUUCAUAAACCAACAGAACCGGAUCCGAACCGAUCCUGGGGGAUGGCUGGCUUGUCUUUAACUGUCAGACUGUGUUGUUUGGACCGCAGGUUGAGUUCAGUAGCAGCCAGGACGAUCCGUGCAAAAGGUCCCAGUAGGUUGAGUCCAAUUGAAAGUUCAGUAUCUUUGUUCAGACAGGAGUCGUUUCUCCAGAGGAUAAUAAUCAGAGGACUGUUUGGUGGUGGAGGUGAAUCCGUUCAGCCGCAGACUCUGCAGGAUGUCGCCGAAAACAUCCGAGAGCRACGCUGCAAAAGGGUGGUGGUGAUGGCCGGAGCCGGGAUCAGCACUCCGAGCGGCAUCCCAGAUUUCAGCUACUUUGUCCGUCUGCUUCACCAGAAGGGCCAGCUGCUGCGGAUGUACACGCAGAACAUCGACGGGCUGGAGAGACUUGCAGGAGUUCCUCCGGAGAUGCUGGUGGAGGCCCACGGCACGUUUGCAACGGCCACCUGCACCUCCUGCCUGCGGAAAUAUGACGGCGAGGAGCUCAGACCAGAGGUGAUGAGCGGGGCCGUCCCUCGGUGUCCCACCUGUGAGGGCGUGGUGAAGCCUGACAUCGUGUUUUUUGGGGAGGAACUUCCUCUGAGUUUCUUCAAGUACCUGACGGAUUUCCCGCUGGCCGACCUGCUGAUCGUCAUGGGAACGUCCCUGGAGGUGGAGCCGUUUGCCAGCCUGGCCGGAGCCGUGCGCAGCUCCGUGCCCCGCCUCCUCAUCAACCGGGACCUGGUGGGGCCUUUCGCGUGGGGGCGGCGGCCUCGUGACGUCACGCAGCUGGGUGACGUGGUCACCGGCGUGAAGGAACUCGUCGACGCUCUGGGCUGGAGUCAGGAGAUGGACGCUCUAAUGGCGGCCGGAAGUCAGGAAGUUUGAUGAUUUUUCUGGGUUUUUAGAUUUGUUUGUUUGUUGAUUCUUCUUCUGACUUUUGCUCUGAUUGAAACUGAGCAGAACUCGGUUCGUUUGCUCUCAGUUUUAUGAGAAAUCAAAGUCUGUGACGUAWGACGGACGGUGUAUGAGGACCAUUGUGGAUAAUGAAAGAGGAAGAGUAAAUUUCGCCCAAAAAA